UUUUAUAAUUGAAACCUAUAUAUAUUGUCUUAAAAUUAAAACGAUUUAUCGACCUUAAACCCACAGCACCCCAAUAUCAAACCCUGCAAAUAUUCAUCAAGAAGUCUAUAUACGCUUCCAGUUAAAUCAGGUGUAAGUAUGUUUAACUUAACCCUAUUGACGCAUACAUUGCGAUUGCAGCCUCAUCUUUUGACCCUUCCUCUCAAUGAAGCAGUCAAGGGAGAACUUGAGGGUCUCUUCUUGGAUAAGGUAAUCGCAAAUGUGGGGCUAUGCAUCUCUGUGUAUGAUAUCAAGUCAAUUAAAAAUGGUUUUAUCUUCCCCAACGAGGGGGCUCCAACCUACACCGUGGAGUUCAGGCUAAUAAUAUUUCGGCCCUUUAUAGGAGAAAUUAUAUCUGCUAAACUUAUAGAUUCUACUGCUGACGGUUUACGCUUAUCACUUGGAUUUUUCGAUGACAUAUACAUACCAGAAUUGCUUAUGCCAGAGCCUUCCGUUGCUGAGCCAUCAGAAGCUAAGAACCAAGUCCUGUGGAAAUGGACAUUUAAUGAUGAAAGUUACUAUAUAGAUGGAGUUGAUGAGAUUAGGUUCCGAGUUCAAAAUGUUAAGUUCCCUGAAAUCCCGAAGGAGCAAAACGAUAUGAAGCCAUUUGCCCCUAUGGAGAUAAUUGGAUCACUUGUGUCGGAUGGAGGUUUAGGCCCCGUUUCAUGGUGGGUUUAGGCUAAAUGCUUUUACUAAACCCAGUUAAGAAACCACAUUCAUGGAUUUGUCUUCCAAAAUCUAUAUCCCUGCUCUCAAUAUACCACCUUUAGUACAUCAGUAGUAUCAGCUAGUACUAUAUGAGCCAUCUGUGUAGAAAUAGUUACUUUUUAUCAAUUUAAUGAUUUAAUCUAUAUUUUGCUUUGCGAGGA